CUGCCAUGUAUAUAACAGGCAUCCCCUCACCUUUGGUGUUGGAUUUUUCCUCUUUCCACAUCAUAGCGAGAAGUUAACAUUAACGAUACCAUAUACCGAUUGAAGAUGGCACCGCUUCCGCGAAAGGCUUUGCUUGCAAUAACCAGUGCGCACCCGCCGUUCUGGCCGGACGGGAAGAGGACAGGGCUCUUUUUCUCUGAGGCCCUUCACCCGUUCAACGAACUUACUGCGGCGGGCUUCGAAGUUGACGUUGCGUCCGAGACGGGAACAUUUGGAUGGGAUGAGCAUUCUCUCACCCAAGAAUAUCUAUCCAAAGAGGACGAAAAAGUCUUGCACUCUGAGCACAAUCACUUUAUGGAGAAGAUGAACAAGCAGGUGUUCAAGGCCGGUGAUUUAGCGCCACACGAUUACGGACUGAUGUUUGUAUGUGGAGGGCACGGGGCAUUAUAUGAUUUCCCGCAUGCCAAACAUCUUCAAAAUAUUGCGCAAGACAUCUACAAACGCGGUGGGGUCAUUGGUGCAGUGUGUCACGGUCCAGCUAUGCUACCAGGAAUCCAUGACGAGAAUGGCGACUCGGUCAUUAAGGACAAGACUGUCACUGGGUUCACAACAAAAGGCGAGAUCAUGAUUAAGGUCAUCGAUAAGAUGCGGGAAGAUCAUCUCCAUACUAUCGCCGAUAUGGCUCAGACCGCCAACGCCGAAUAUGUUCCUCCCGAAGACCCCUGGGACGACUUCUGCAAAGUCGACGGCAGGAUCGUCACGGGUGCAAACCCGCAGAGCGCAACAAAUACGGCUAGGGAUACGAUCAAAGUGUACGAAGGCAUUGUUAACGAAUAAAUAUCCGUGGAUCUGUUUGGCGUGACUCAAGCACGAUCGUCAUUUCGAACCGGCUUUUACAAACAUUGCGUUAUUUUGCUACUCCAUGUCAGUGGAGCACGAAGAUCGGCAGCUCUGUGCGAAAAUCACCACGGAGAGAGCAUUCCACUCAUUCAAUGAAGUUUGAGAAGUGAUUUACAGCCCAUUUGUGUAUGUAUGUACUUACAUUAUCAAAUAAGCAAAUCAAACACGAUGGCUAGUAUCUUGUA